GAGCUAUAACACAAACUUGUAAGAAUUCUUAUUUCCAAAUUCAUUCCCAAGAUUAUUCAUUCCAAUAAAUUAAUUCAAUUUUACAUAUUCUCGUACACAUUUUUUGUCCCCUAAAAUUAUACAAUUAUAGUCAACAAUUACACACUUUUUAUUAACAAGGAAGUAUUAAGCUCAUUACAAAUACAGGAUUAAUUAAACUAAAUAAGCAAUGUUAGCAUAAAUAAAUAAAUCCGAUUACUGCUGAGUAACAACAGCCAAGGCGCUAUCAAGCUCGGCGUUGUACCGUUUCAUCGCCUUCUGCAACGGAAAUUUGAGGCCGAACUCGUCCAGCGCGUCCGCGCAGUCGCUCUCCACGGCGGCGCUCAGGCGGGUCAUCAGCGUCCCUUUGUCGUGCGACAGGAGGGCAUGGAGGGACAGCUUCAGAUCGUCCACCGCAUUCUCGAAGCUCUCGCGGCACGUUUUCACCAGCGAGUUCCUCGUCGUCGGCGGAAGGCCCUUCACCGUCGGGAGGAUGGCGCUGCUCAUGCCCUCGAUUUUGGUGGCGUAUUCGAUGGUGGCCUUGAUGGCUCUCUCGGACGCGUCCCGGAGGCUUCUAGCUCCGGCAACCAUACUGGCGCAGAGCUUCUUGUCGGUAGCGGUGUGGCAGUAAUCGCCGUCCGCAGCGGCCAGAUCGGCGGCGUGGGCGAGGAGGAGGAGGAGGAGGAGAGCAGCGGCAAUUCUGAAGGGCAACUUUUGUGAAGCCAUUUCAAUUUUGAACGAAUGAUCUGCUCAGAUUUGGGUCAAGCCGAAUCGCCCUUCUGAUCUAGAUUCUUCCUCUGUUCUAAGACAAUUAUUAUGAUAAUAAUUAGUAUUUAUUACUAUUAAUUAAUACUGCUUAAUCAUUAUCGAGCUAAUUGUGGUAUAUCUUUGUUUGUUUCUUCUGCUUUAGGAAUCAUGUGGACAGAAAUAAAAGUAGGGAUUGGAAAUUGCAGAGGAUGAACGCAUAAGAAGGUUUGAAGGAAUAAUUGGGGCGAAAAGUGUGGGGCUUCAGGAAUUCAAUGGGCAUAGAGCCAUAGAUCGAUUGGUCGGUAUUAGUUUGUAACAAAUAAUGAUGUUGUAGUGAACAUUAUUUGUAGAGUGAAUUAUCCAUAUAAGAGUAAAAGCAGGGAAGAUUACACAUUUAGGAGAUUAGGAGUGAUGAUGGAAGCAAAGUUUAGUAGGACUAAAUUGAGCACAAUUUGACAAAAAUAACCCUGCUCUAUUCACAAGCUUGAAAUUUUUGGCGACAACAAAUGGAAGGAGAUAGUGGGCCUGUUUGGUAAUGGCGCUGAAAAUCAUGAAAAGAUUGAAUCUGCUGAAGUGAAAGUGUUUGGUAAUGUGUUGACUGGAAUGACUUAGGAUAUGUUUGACACAACUAGUUGAAAAUAAACUUUUGAGAGCUUUUUAGAAACUGUUAGCUUUUAGUGAUUGAAAAGAUAUUAAUAAUAAAGGAUGGUAGUUGUUUGUUAAAAAA